GAAACUGAAACUAGAAACUCUGAUGCUGAUUGGCCACUUAGAGGCAAUCUGAAAGGGCUAUAAAAAACCAGCCUGAGGACUGUUACCUCACUGCUGCUCCCUUCUAGCAGCAGGCUCCAUCCAGGCAGGAAGAUUCUUUCUCUGCUCUCCUCCAAGAUAUGGUGACAAAGCCUUGAGCUGCGCCACCAUGCGGCAGAAGGCAGUAUCGCUCUUCCUAUGCUACCUGCUACUCUACACCUGCGGCUGCUGCGAGGAGGAAGACGAAAAAAGAUACUCAGAGGAAAACAGCGACUCGAGCUUCUGGGGCAUGGUGACCUACAUGGCCGUCGGAGGCGGACUCAUGGCCGCGGCACUGCCCAUGCUGGGCUUCGCGAGCACCGGCAUCGCCGCCAACUCGUUGGCCUCCUCACUGAUGAGCUGGUCGGCCGUGGCGAACGGAGGUGGAGUGCCGGCCGGGGGGCUGGUGGCCACGCUGCAGAGCCUGGGCGCUAGCGGUGGCAGUGCCCUCAUGGCCAAGAUCGGGGCCUUUCUGGGCUAUACUGUCCACAAGCAAGUCGAAAGCAGACGGAAAGAGCGAGAGGAGAAGACGUAGCCAGCCCCUGCCUGGAAGCCCCGCCUUCCUCCUUGUCUUCCUUUUCCAGCUGCAGUCCAGAGCUUCCUCUGUCACACUUGGCAAUGACUGAGGUAAAAAAAAACACACACACACAGAAUAAACGUCUCUCAGAAAACACUCA